GGAUCCCAAAAAUCCCAUUCACUCCAUAUCUAAUUUCUCCCUGCAUAGUCCCUAUAAAACCCUCCCGCCACUCACAACCUUAUUUCCAACUCAAAACUAUCAGACUCUUCUAUCUCUCGAUCUCUAUCUCUCUCUGUUGUUACAGUAAUGGCAGUAACGGCGAACCCUAAGCAGAACCAGACCAAGGCGGCGGUUGAAGAAGAAGCACCGCUCUACGGAGACGUCUUGGAGUCCGUGCUAUCCAAAUUACACCUCAUCCAUCUCCUAUCGGCGUGUCACGUCUCAAAGUCUUGGAACCGCGCCGUUUCGUCUACCCUCCGUUUCUCUAACCGAGUUAAACCCUGGCUCGUCGUCCACAGUCAGACCACCAGGUUCCCCUACGUCGUCUCGGCACGUGCUUACGACCCGGCCUCGCACGUGUGGGUCGACGUCGAUCGGAGUCUUCAUCAUCCUCCGGUCAAGUCCAUCUCCACCCUACGCUCCUCUCAUUCGACUCUUCUCUACAUGCUUUCCCCUUCCAAAUUCGCUUUCUCCCUUGACGCGUUGCAUCUGGAGUGGAGUCACGCAAACACGCCUCCGCUCGUGUGGCGAACUGACCCGAUUGUUGCCGUGGUGGGCCAUCGCGUAGUCGUCGCAGGCGGCGCGUGCGACUACGAGGACGACCCGCUGGCCGUGGAAAUGUACGAUGUCAAAGUUGGCACGUGGGACACGUGCGAGUCCAUGCCCGCCAUUUUCAAAGACUCUUCGGCGUCCACGUGGCUGUCUGUGGCCGCGGACGAGAGGAGAAUGUACGUGACGGAGAAGUGCUCGGCCGUCACGUACUCGUUUGAUCCGGAGUCCAAGAAGUGGUUUGGGCCGUACGAUCUGUGUCCGAAUCCGACGGUGUUUAGCUCCGUGAUUGGAUUCGUUAACGGCCGUUUGGUUUUGGCGGGAGUUGUGGGAGAGGCGGAGGACGUGAAGGGAGUGAAGUUGUGGGAAGUGGAAGUCAGCGACGACGAGUCGUUGGAGUUGAAAGAGAUGAUCGGUGACAUGCCGGAGACAAUGGUGGAGAAGUUGAAGGGCGAGAGCGACUGUAAGCCGUCGUUUUCGAUGAGCUAUAUGGGAGGUCUGGUGUGUUUUCACAACGGUUCCGACCCGAGCGACUUGAUCCUCUGCGAGCUUGAGAAUGGGGGGUGCAGGUGGACGAGCAUAAGGAAUGAUGCCGUGAACGACGGGACCCGAAUGCAGAGGAUGGUGGUGACGUAUGCCAAUCUGGGGUUGCCGGAGUUGCAGAAAGCCGUACAAGUCGGAGCACUGAAAAUUCUAUGAGCCACUUAUCGUGUAGUCCACUUCAGGUGGAUUCAAUUAUCAAGUUCUUAGUGGUUUUUUACUUAAUUAUGGGAUUAAUGAUGGGUUUUGUGACUGUGACGGGGCAUUGUUAAACGUUAAUGAAGUGUGUUAAACACUAGAUG